AUGCAUAUCAAAUGGUGUACGUCAUGCUAUGGAUUUCUAGACUUACCAUUCUAUAACGUAUCUUUAACUUGGGACAAAAGAGUAGAUGAUUUAGUUAGUAGAUUAACCAUUCCUGAAAUGGUAGGCCAAAUGUCGAGAGGUUCAGGAGGAACCUUUCCUAUUCCCAGACUUGGCAUUAAACCCUAUGCAUUUUACUCAGAAUGCCUUCGAGGUGACGUAAAACAGCCAGCAACUCCAUUUCCAGAAGCGUUGGGCUUAGCGGCAGCUUUCAGUACAGAUGUUAUAUAUAAUGUAGCUCGUGCCACUGGUAUAGAAUUGCGAGCAUUAAAUACGAUGUUCAGUAACAAUGGUUCUUACAACAAUGGACAGGGUCUAAGUUGUUUCAGUCCAGUUAUAAACAUAAUGAGAGAUCCAAGAUGGGGUCGAAAUGAUGAGACGUAUGGAGAAGAUCCUUAUUUUACUGGAGUUUAUGCUGCAGCGUUUGUUCAGGGUCUACAAGGUAACCACCCUCGUUACUUGCUAACAAAUGCUGGAUGUAAACAUUUUGAUGCCUAUGGUGGUCCAGAAACUGACCCAAUGUCAAGAAUGGAGUUUAAUGCAGUGGUUACAAUGAGAGAUUGGAGAACUACAUUUUUCCCUGCUUUUAGGGCUUGUGUUAAAGCUGGAACAUACAAUAUCAUGUGCAGUUAUAAUAGUGUUAAUGGUAUACCCGCAUGUGCCCAUAAACAAUUAUUAACUGAUAUUCUGAGAGAGGAAUGGGGGUUCAAAGGAUACGUUGUCAGUGAUGAAGGAGCGAUUGAAAACAUCAUUAGUAGGCAUCACUAUCUGAACAAUACCAUAGAUACCAUAGCAGCUUGCAUUGACGCUGGGUGCAAUCUGGAACUUGAGCCUCACAGUUCAUUGAAUAUUUACAGCUCAAUUGCCCAGGCUGUAGCUGCUGGAAGGGUUGAAGAAUCAAGACUAAGAGAAUUGAUGAAACCGAUGUGGUACACUAGAAUGAGGUUAGGAGAAUUUGAUCCACCAGAGAUGAAUCCUUAUAAAGAAUACAAUGUUUCGGUUGUUCAAAGUCCAGAACAUCGACAGUUGGCCCUUGAUUCAGCUAUGAAGACCUUUGUUUUACUGAAGAAUCAAAAUAGUUUUCUUCCUUUAAACGGAAGUCACUUUUCCAAAAUGGCGGUAAUUGGACCUAUGGCAGACAACCCAGAUGCUCAAACUGGUGACUAUUCUUCUCCUUUGGACUAA